CAGUCAAAAGGGAGGAUGGGUGUUUUCAUAUCAAAUUACAAAAUGAAAUAUUUGUGUGAGCAAGCCAAAGCAAAUCUUACUGCAAACCACACAUUCGCCGAUAUCCACAGAGAUGUAAGGAAGGUCUCCCGCAAGAGCAGAAACCUUUAGAGCUGAUUGAGUCUCUCCUGGUCACAGACGGUCAUAAUUCAGUUUGUGGCUGAACUGGGUAGGAUGUCAGAAACUCCCCCGAUAGCCUGGAAAAGUGGUCUAUUUGACUGCUUUGAAGACGUGAAUACUUGUUGCUAUGGCUUCUGGUGUUGCCCUUUCCUUGCCUGCACCGUUUCAAGAAGAUUUGGAGAGAAUUACUGUUUGCCUUUAUGCGACAUGUUAUGUCCUGUUGUGUUUGCUGCCUGUGGAAUGCCUCUGUUUUUCACCCCUGCAGCACUGUCUUUGAGGGCCUCCAUUCGUAACAAACACGGAAUAAAGGGUUCCCUGUGCGAAGACAUAUUUGCUUCCUGUUGCUGUGUCUGGUGCUCCUGGUGUCAGAUGCAUCGUGAGCUAAAGGAGUACACUCCUGUUGUUGUCAUUGUGCAGCAGCCCCAGACACAGCAGCCACCAACUGUGGUCAACAUGCAGACUAAUCCUGUCAUGACGGUUAACCAAAACUCUGCUUCACCUCCUGGCGGUUUUCAAAACCCUGUUGGGUUUCAAAACUUUCCCGAAAGCCCUCCUUGGUUUCAGAAUUGUCCUCAAUAUCCUGGUGGGUUUCAAAACUCUCAAACUCCUGUUAGUUUUCAAAAUCCUGCUCAAAGUCCUACAGGACUACAAAAUGAAAACGAUCUUGAUUUUAAAGAGUAACAUUUCUGUACAAAUUUGUCAAAAGUUAAAUUCUUCAGAUCAGUAUUGACAGUCAAGUCAAUACUUCCUAUAAAAAUAAAAUGUUAAAUGUGACCUUGAAGUUCAUAUGCAUAUUUUCUUAUAAACAUCGUGUGUCUACUUCCUUCAUUUCAAAUAAAAAAAAAAAAACAUAAUCCCAAUAACGCACCUGAAAAUAUAUAAAUGAGUGACUAAUACAUUAAAUUUAGUUAGAAUUAGGGGCCGGCGUUUAUAUUGUUUAUUGUGAUAUAUUUCUUAGGAGUUUUGAUUUAUCAUUGUCACAAUAAAUUCUAAUUGAUGUUUAAAACUCUCCAAAACUCUCUGUAAUGUCAGGAUUAUUAGUUUUACUAUUUUCUACACUGUUUGUUCAAUAAAUAUCAGUACUUUUUUGAAAUAUGACUAAAUUCAGUUUCUGUGUGCAGAUUAGUGACAGUAAUCACUAAUCUUAUGUUUUUCAAGAGAAGUGUUUGUUUGUGCAGCUGCUCUUGAUGUGCCAUACAAUCACAGCCAUAGUUACCUAAAGUAGUAAUAGUUAGCGUCACUUUCAUUGUUAUUACAAUGUUAGACUACUAUAAAGCUUUAAGUCCAUAUCACCCACCCUUAACUAUAAUACCGAUAAACAAUCAUUCUUUCACUUUUAUUCAGUCAUAAGUGUUAAAUUCAUAUGAUAUAGAUUUAUACAGUGGCAUAUUUGUGUUUUUACUGGUCAUUGUCACAUUUGACUUACAGCUAAUGAAAUUGGAUUUUUAGAAAUCUAGAUUACAUAAAAAUGUGAUUUCAUUUAAGCUUGAUGCUGGACCACAUUGCCAAAGAUACAAGUAACUGGGUUUAUGAUUAUAUCAUUGCGGGUGUGUAAAACCAGGGAAAACCAGCUUUGAAAGAUGUCCCUAAAGCAAGUAAACAUUUUCCUAGAAUGUUUCACAUGAAUGUGUGUUGGUAAACAUAACAUUAACUGUCAGGGAGGGAGAUAUGUACAGCUUGACUCUGUGUGCCUUCAGAACAGGGUAAAACACUGCACUGUAUUAUCCUAAUUCUGGUUGUCAACAUGAAAUAAAGCAAAACAACUGAAGCCAAA